AUGGAUGAGCAUGGUUUCAUCAAGAUUAUUGGUCGAACUAAAGAGUUGAUUAUAAGGGGCGGCGAAAACAUAUACCCCCGAGAAGUGGAGGAAUUGCUGCACAAACACCCGGAUAUACUCGACGCCUACGUGUGUGGAGUACCGGAUGAUAGGGUGGGCGAAGAGGUCUGCGCGUGGAUUCAACUCAAGGAUCCCAACAGAAAGCCUACGGAAGCCGAGAUCCGGGAGUUUUGCAAACAACGGAUAACAUACUUCAAAGUACCCCGGUACGUGCUAUUUGUGGACAGUUUCCCGUUAACACCGGCGGGUAAAGUGAAAAAGUUUGUGAUGAGGGGACAGUCGUGUCGUAUAUUAGGGUUGAAUGAUCAUUAA